AUGACAGUCUCUGGAGACUCAAUCAUUACCAACAGUGCUAAUAGCACCAAUGGUGUUAAUGGAGUCAACGGGGCCAAGACCAAUGGAGUCAAGUUGUCGUGGGAAGAGCUCGGCGCCAAGAAGCGCAGCGAGCUGUUGGCCUCUAUCCCGCCGGAAUGGCGCAUUCCAGAGAAUCUGCUGCCUCCAGAUUCGCAGGACGACGUGACGACCUGGCCUGAGACAUCUGGAUGGUUUACCAGAGCAGAACUGGACAUGACCAGCCUGACCGCCAGCGAGCUGGUGUCGAAACUAUCCUCGGGUGCUCUCAAAUCAGAGGAUGUCACCAGAGCGUUUUGCAAGCGAGCAUCUGCUGCUCACCAGCUUACAAACUGCCUCUCUGAAACGUGCUUCGAUCGCGCCAUCGCCAUGGCUCGUGCUCGAGACGAACACUUGGCAGAAACCGGCCAGCCAAUCGGCCCUCUGCACGGCCUGCCCAUCUCGCUCAAAGACAACAUCAAUGUCAAGAGCGUUGAUUCCACAGUGGGCAUGGCCACGCAUGUGGGCGAUCCCGCCAAAGCUGACGCAACGCUGGUCGAGGUGCUGGAGGCGGCCGGCGCCGUCUUCUAUGUCAAGACAAACGUGCCCACGGCCAUGAUGAUUGCCGAGUCGGUAAACAACGUGUUUGGGCGCACGCUGAACCCGAGAAACAGGCGGACGACGAGCGGUGGCAGCUCGGGCGGAGAGUCUGCGCUCAUUGUCAUGAAGGGCAGCCCUAUUGGUGUUGGGUCAGAUAUAGGCGGCUCGCUUCGGAUUCCGGCUGCUUGCACGGGCAUUUUCACUCUUCGGCCGUCGCUGGGUCGGUUUCCCGUGCGAAACUGUCGAUCUGGCAUGCCUGGCCAGGAAGCUGUGCCCUCUGUCAAUGGACCUUUGGCUCCGACGCUUGAAGAUGUGAAGCUGUACAGCAAAUCAGUUAUCGGUGGACAGCCAUGGUUGAGAGACCCCAAGUGUUUGCCAAUCCCCUGGAGAGACGUUGAGCUGCCCCAGAAGCUUCGGAUUGGUGUUAUGUGGCACGACGGGAUAGUUCAGCCUACGGCUCCUGUAACUCGUGCCCUGAAACACACAGUCACCAAGCUCAAGGCAGCUGGGCAUGAGAUUGUGGAGUGGGAUAAUUUUGAUCAGGCUGAGGGAGCCCGGCUGCUGCAGCGGAUGUUUGUGGCUGACGGUGGCCUGACUAUCAAGUCGCAACUUGAUCCUACGGGCGAACCCUGGAGAGACGAGAUGUAUCCUUACUCUGUGGCGAGGGAGCUGGGUACGGCGGAAAUGUGGAGGCUGCACUUGGAGAGGACAGACUUUCAGAACCGACACUUGGAUAGAUGGAACAGGGCGGGUCUUGAUGCUCUUUUGCUGCCUACGAUACCGUUUAAUACGGUCAGGCAUGGAACUUUUAAGCAUGUUGGAUACACCGGAGUCUACAACGUACUAGACUACUCCGCCGUGUCUUUUCCCACCGGCUUGAGUGUGAUUGAAGGUGUCGAUGUAGAUGGGCCUGACUACGCGCCCCUCAGCAACGACUGCAAAGACAUUCAUGCGACUUAUGAACCUGACCUGAUGCACGGACUGCCGAUCAGCUUGCAGCUGGUGGCGCGGAGGUUGGAAGAGGAAAAGGUGCUUGCAAUGACGGGCGUGGUGUUGAAGGCGUUGGCUGAGUAA